CUGACGGUUGGGGGAACCCCGAGAACUCCCCCUAACCACCACCCAGUCCCCAGCGCACGCGCCUCUCCCACACUCCCCACUCUGGCGCCGGCCAAUCGCAACACUGCGCACGUGACGAGCGUUCCCUGCGAUGACCUCAUCCCUGGUGUGGGAUGACGUCAAAUUCAAGAUGGAUGGAAUCACGGCGGUGGCAGCGGCGCGCGCGGGCGACUCGUGAAGGGAGGCGCCGAGGGGGGCAGCAGGGUGGGGUGCGGCUGACGGCGGAGAGGAUAAAUCCAAAUCAUGGAGGGGCUCUUGCAUUACAUAAACCCAGCACAUGCCAUUUCUCUCUUAAGUGCUUUGAAUGAGGAACGUCUAAAAGGACAGCUAUGUGAUGUUGUUCUUAUAGUGGGAGACCAAAAAUUUAGAGCUCAUAAAAAUGUUCUGGCUGCCAGCAGUGAAUACUUCCAGACUCUCUUCACAAAUAAAGAGAAUGAGUCUCAAUCAGUGUUUCAGCUUGACUUCUGUGAACCAGAUGCUUUUGAGAAUGUAUUAAACUACAUUUACUCUUCGUCUUUGUUUGUUGAGAAAAGCAGUCUUGCAGCUGUUCAAGAAUUGGGCUACAGCCUUGGAAUUUCCUUUCUUACCAACAUUGUUUCUAAGAGUCCUCAAGCUCCUUUUCCAGCAUGUCCCAUUAAAAAAAUAUUGUUUCAAGAAGAUGAUGAAAGCAGUUCUCAGAAGAGAAGUGUCAUUGUUUGUCAGAGCAGAAAUGAAGCACAAGUUAAAAAUGUCAGUCAAACGCAUGAUUUAAGCCAUAGCUCUAAGCCUUCACACUCCAUUGCCAUCAAAACAAACAAUAGACCACAAGUAACAAAACCAAUUGACCCACUUCACAGUUUAUCAUUAAGUGACAGGAGGUGGCUAAAAGACAGUCCCGUGAGCUACACCAAACUUCAUGAACCUUCUGGAACUGUGGAUGACCAAAGUAGAAGUGGCUUGGUAAAGAGGAAUGCAGUAUUGCCACAAAAGCCUUUAGCUGAGAAAGAAACUUUGUGUGAUGAGCCAGGAGUGAGUGGACAGCUUCUAAGAGGAAAAGCUGCAGAGAUGUCAUUAAAAAGACCACGUCCUCCAAUCUUAUCUCUGCAUGGUUCAUCAGAAUCUACAUUUUUGUGGCGAGAGACAGAAAAAGGAAAUGGUCAAGGAGAAGAUAGGAAUUUGCUAUACUACUCAAAAUUAGGACUAGUGGUUCCAUCUAGUGGAUCUGGUCCUGAAAACCAAAGUAUUGACCGGAGUGGCCCACUUGUAAAAAGUCUCCUUCGAAGGUCAUUGUCCAUGGAUAGUCAGGUUCCUAUUUAUUCAUCUUCUAUUGAUUUAAAAGCUUCACAUGGAUCAUCAUUAGUGACUAGUGACUCACAGGGAAAAACAUUUAAUGUUACAUCUCAAAAGUCAUCCUUGAAAGAGUCUUCAGAAAAGGCCGUCCUAGAUGACAAAACACAGGUUAUACACCCACACCGCCUUAGGUCCUUUAGUGCCUCUCAGUCGACUGAUAGGGAGGUAGCUUCUCCUCUAACUGAUAUACUAAUAAAAACUGAACCUAGCAGCCCACUUUCAGAGCCUUCUGAAAUAAUAAGAGUUACAGUAGGAGAUGCUUCAACAUCUGCCAGUAAAGACUUCCGUAUUAAAACUGACGAUGAUAAUAGGGAUAUGAGUAGACUUCCAGCCAAAAGGAGGUUUCAAGCAGAUAGAAGGCUACCAUUUAAAAAACUGAAAGUGAAUGAGCAUAGUUCUCCUGGGUCAGAGGAUAAUUUUGAGGAAAGUUCAAGUCCUACGCAUCUUGAUGCUGACUUUCCAGAUUCUGAUGUCAGUAAAGAUGAAUACAGUGAAUUGGAAGAAGUGAGACCAAACAAAAAGUUUAAAUGCAAGCACUGCCUUAAGAUUUUCAGAUCUACAGCAGGCCUUCACCGUCAUGUUAAUAUGUAUCAUAAUCCAGAGAAACCAUAUGCUUGUGAUAUAUGCCACAAGAGAUUUCAUACGAACUUUAAAGUAUGGACUCAUUGCCAGACACAGCAUGGAAUUGUGAAGAACCCCUCACCUGCUUCCAGUUCACAUGCUGUCUUGGAUGAAAAAUUCCAAAGAAAAUUAAUUGAUAUUGUGAGAGAGAGAGAGAUUAAGAAAGCACUGAUUGUUAAACUACGACGUGGCAAACAGGGUUUUCAGGGACAGUCCAGUUCACAAGCACAGCAAGUCAUCAAAAGGAACUUAAGAGCAAGAUCCAAAGGAGCCUACAUUUGUACCUACUGUGGGAAAGCUUAUCGUUUUCUCUCCCAAUUUAAACAGCACAUAAAAAUGCAUCCAGGGGAAAAACCAAUUGGAGGAAAUAAGGCUUCUAAGCAAAAAGAGCACAUUCAUAUUGCAAGUCCAGUUGAAAACAAAGAGAUCUAUCAGUGCCGUCUUUGUAAUGCUAAGCUCUCCUCUCUUAUUGAACAGGGAAAUCAUGAGCGUCUUUGUAGAAAUGCAACAGUCUGUCCUUAUUGCAGCCUUAGAUUUUCUUCUCCAGAGCUGAAGCAUGAACAUGAAAGCAAGUGUGAAUAUAAAAAGCUCACUUGUCUUGAGUGUAUGCGCACUUUUAAAUCCUCCUUUAGUAUUUGGCGUCAUCAAGUUGAAGUUCACAAUCAAAAUACCAUGUCUCCAACAGAGAAUUUUUCUCUACCUAUUCUUGAUCACAAUGGUGAAAUAACGAAUGCUUCAAGAUUGCAUUCUCAAUCAGAAUCUAAUAAAAUGAACAAUUUUGUUACUGCAAAGGAAGAUGGAGUAUUCAGUGAUUCUUCAGAACAAAUUAACUUUGAUUCUGAAGAUUCUUCAUGCCUCCCUGAAGAUCUAAGUGUUUCCAAACAGUUUAAAAUUCAUGUCAAAGAAGAGCCUGCAGACGAUAUAGAGGAUGAGGUUACUGAAACCAACAGAGAAGCUAAGGAAGUAGUUUCUAAUAAAGUCACUGGCUUGUGGCCCUGUGAAAAAUGUGGAAAAAUUUUUACUGUACACAAGCAGUUGGAGCGUCACCAGGAGCUUUUGUGCUCUGUAAAACCAUUUAUUUGUCAUGUGUGCAACAAGGCUUUCCGGACCAACUUCCGUCUAUGGAGCCACUUCCAGUCUCAUAUGUCACAGGCUGCAGAGGAAUCAGUGAAUAAAGAUCCUGAUAUAUGUCCACCAGCUAACUCCCCAUCACCGCCACCUCUGCCUCCACCCCCGCCUCUACCCAAAAUCCAGCCCUUAGAGCCUGAUAGUCCGACAGGUUUAUCUGAGAGCCCAACUACUACUGAGAAAUUAUUUGUUCCACAAGAAUCAGACACACUCUUUUAUCAUGCCCCACCACUUUCAGCAAUCACAUUCAAAAGACAAUAUAUGUGUAAACUUUGUCACAGGACAUUCAAGACUGCAUUUAGUCUUUGGAGCCAUGAACAGACACACAAUUAGUUAGAGAUCUUCAACAGGUAGUUAAAAAAGCUGGUUAAAUGGAGACCAUUUCCAGGAUAUUUCAGAAGUAUGCCAUAUAAACUAGAAAUCUAAGGGGACAAGAAACAUCAAAAAAGUAAAGAUGGAUUUAUGAUGCUGCUUGGAUUUGAAGAUUAAGCACUUUAUUUUCAUUGGGAAGUUCAACAUAAAAGAAGAUGGCACAAUAUGAUCCUCAGACUUUCAGCUACCAGCAAACUGCAAUAAUUAGCUACAAAGUCUUUUGCUACAACAUGGUGGAUUAAAAAAAUUUAAAACUGCUACUAAACACACUAACACCUACCCAAAGGUGUUUUUGCUUCUUCCAAAUGAAUUAUGUUAGAACAUAAUUACACUAAUAAUCUGCAACUAUUUUUAGAUGAAAACUGCAAUCGAAACUACAGUUAGACUAGGUCAGUGUUUCUCUAAAUUUUGUACUGGUGACCCCUUUCACGUAGCAAGCCUCUGUGUGUGACCUCCCUCCCCCUUAUAAAUUAACACUUUUUUAUAUAUUUAACACCAUUAUAAAUGCUGGAGGCAAAAUAGAGUUUGGGGUGGAGGCUGACAGCUUGUGACCCCUGAGGGGUCCCGACCCCCAGUUUGAGAACCCCUGCACUAGGUGACCCUUGAGGUCCCUGCUAACCCUAUGAUUCUAUGAAACAAGGUUCCUAUGUAAUCAUUUAUAGGUGACGCUUCCAGCUGUGACUUACUUUUUAAUUCCAACUAACAAAACUAAACCAUUUAAUGAAAAGAAGUAAUUUCAGCAUAAAAUAAUAAUUACUCAACCUUGUUUAUUAAACAAAAGCAAAGUAAAAUAAAGCCAUGUUAAAUAUGUUUAACACAGCUAAAUAAUUUUGUGUUUACAUUAAAUGUCUUAGAAGAAGAAGUCUAUGUGGACAAAAUGUGAAAGCAAGGUAUUAAAAUUGGUGCCUAAGUUUUCACCAUUGAUUCCUGUACAAAACAGCAUGAUUUUUCCUUUUUAGUUUGUUGACAGUCUGUACCUAGCCUUCUAAGAAUGAGUAUACCCUUCUAAGAGGAAAAUAUGAUCUCCAGUUCAGCUAUCAAAUAAUCAUAAUUUUCAACUGAAGCACUUCUUUGAUGCAUUUUUGGUGUACUAAGAUUAUAAACAGCACACAUAUAACAACCUGGUGCUACAUUUAGAAGAAGUCUUGAUUUUUUUUUUUUUCCCCCCCAAGUGUAAUAUAUAUUGUAAAAAUCAGGAAAAAAAUGGAUAUAACUAGUUUCCUUUAUAAAAAUUUGUUAGAUUAUUUUUAAAAGUUUGUUUUAAUUUUGAGCAUGUUCUGUGCUUUUUUAAAUUAGUUCCUGUUUGUUGUCCAAUAAAGGAAUACAGGCUCUCUAAAUAAAGUUUUAAAUAUGAGAUAUUUAUACAGCAAUUCUGGUUUUCUAUUAGCUUUUAUACAGUAUCUUAAAAAGCCCUGAGACAGAAGUGUUUACUUUGGAGGAUAUGGAAUAAAUAUGCUUCCACUCAUGUAAUUUUAAUAUAUGUUAGAAAAGUUAAAUUAUGGAAGAAAUUGUUAGUUGCUUGUGUAUACAAUGAAGGUCUUUUAAAGAAUGUCUAGUUUGGCCAUAACAAGAAUAAUAGGCAAACUAUUGAUACAAAAAAACCUGUCUUCAUCAUAUUCGUUUAGUUUUGCAACUGUGUGAAUUGGAUACUAAGGGCCUUGGCUUUUUGUCUGAUUAUUUAACAAUUGCAGAAAGUUUGUAUGAUUUCUCUUAAACUUUGAGGUUUUUUGCUCUUUUUCGUAUGGCAUGACAGAAACAUGCAGAUGUUUUAAUAUAUACUUGAGAAUUAAAUUCUAUCUUCAUUUGUUUUGUCCUCCAUCAACAAAAUUUGACAGAGGCUCAUCCUGUUCCAACUCAAGUCAGUGACAAUUCCUGUUUACUUUAGUGGGAACAGGAUUGGGCCUGUGAAGUAAAGCUAGUUCAUGUAGGUACUGAUUCAGCUAAGCACAUGCUUAAGUCCCACUGCAGUCAUUGGGCCUUAAAACAUGAUUAAUGUUAAGCAUAUGCUUAAGUGCUAUGCUGAAUUGGGGCCAUAAUCAACCACUCAAAGUAAGCAAUGGAAAUAAUUACAUGUUGUGGACUUUUAAUGGUAGAAACAAAAAUUUUAUAAGUGAAUAUUCUUCUGAAUAAAGGCUACAUAUAUAGUCCGUGUGUAAUUCUGCAGUUUUACCAAAAUAGACAAAGGACCUGAAAUGGUAUUGCUACUCUAAUUUUGUAACCUUUUUAAAGAAAACAAUAGACAGUUAAAUUUCAGAGAUGGCAGUUGAGUUGUCAGUCUCAUUUCAGAACACAACUAUAGCCUUACAACCCUCCAGUGAACCAAAAACACACAGCUGUAGGGGACCUGCUCCUGCAUUCUCUCCUUGGGCAAUGCCCCCAUUGACAUCCAUGAAGGCUUUUUGCCCAAGUAGGAAGUGCAGGUUUCUUCCAGAUCUGUAUUGUACUCUAAGGCCUUGUCUACACUAUAUGGGGGACGAUCAAUCUAAGUUACACAACUUCAGCUAUGUGAAUAACAUAGCUGAAGUCAAUGUACUUAGAUCUACUUAUCGUGGAGUCCACACUACACAAAGCUCUACCAUUGACUCCCCUUGCGCUUCCCGUUCAGGUGGAGUACAGGAGUCGACAGGAGAGCGAUCAGCGGUCAAUUUAGUGGGUCUUCGCUAGACGCACUAAAUUGACUGCUGAUGCAUCGAUCACCACCUGUUGAGCCCCCAGUAAGUGUAGACAAGGCCUAAGAUUUUGCCCAAAACUUCUGUUGACAUCAGUGGAAGGAUAGAAUAUGGCCCUAACUCCUGAGCACUAGCAGUUACGGGGCAAGUAUCUGGCAUGUGCCUAUACUGUCUGUUUACAUUUUCUUAUCAGAAGUUCUAGAUUAAAAUCAAAGCAAGAUAGAUUUUUUUAUGUUGUAAUUAGUGAAUCAGUGUUAAAAAUUUUGUGUUGAACUCAGCCUGCUAGUAUUAGGGUUUUUGUUUUGUUUUGAAGUCCUAUUGAUUCUUGUUUGUUUAAAAUGACUUGUGACAAAAAUUAUAUUAACUAUUGUACAUAAAGGAAUACUAUCGAGAUAAACAUACUGUAAACGUCCUUACCUGUGCUAACAAUACUUGGUACUAAUAAAGCUAAUAUAAUUUUUAAACCCCAGUUGUUAACAUUUAAGAUGUUUGGGCAUGAAAAUCUCAGAAAAGGAUACCCUCAAACUAUGGCAGUGUGUCUGAAAUAGAGAUCUGAGCUUUGUAGAUCUGUUGCAUUUUGCUAUUCUGAGACAGUUAAAACAGACAAAUCAGUUUCCUUUUCUAGUUCUCAUACACUGGCACAAAUAUUGUGUUUGGGUUUCCACUACUGUAGCAGAGUGUUAAAUUUAAAAUAUCCUUUAAAAUACAAUAUUUGAAAACUUAUGAAUCGUUAACAAAACCAAAACUUCAGAGUCUAACCUUGACAGUGUCCCGUUUUAAAACGAAAAAUGGGAUCACUCAUAGUGUUUGGAAAAAGUCUCCUACGCUUUGUGGAAGUUGGAAUAAUCCAACAUAAACAUGCAAACUGUAAUAUUUUCCAAUUUAAAGUUACAUAAAAUCACAUGUCAUUUUAAAGUGUUAAAGAAUUAAGACAAAUAAAAGCUGUUUUUAUAAUCCUGAAUAUCAUGUAGCCAUUGUAUAUUGGUUCAGUUACAUCAGUGUUGGAUUUUAAUUAAUAGGUUUUUACUUUUUUAGGACUGAGAAUUAAUUGUUUAGAAUAACACUUCCUUUAAUGUAAUGUAAAUCCAUUGCUGCUUUGUAUGACUUUUUCUACUGUGUUUUCUUUACUUAGAUUUUGACUAAGAAAUGUUGGAGUCCAAUAAACUUACACUUGUUUCUUUUGA